CCUGGUGGUGGCGGAGUGGUUGUGUCAGUGUGGGGACGCAGCAAUUGGGAGCUGUGUGAACCAGCACAAGGCAGGGUGAGAGCCCCACAAACACAGUGGAGGAGAGUGGGUGGCUUGCACAGGAGAGCACAUCUCCUGAUGCAUCUGCUGCAGCUGUUUGCAGAGGGGAACAGCUGGAGGGACUUCAGCAGAGUUGGCUUGUCUGCUGGCACCUCGGCUCUGUGUGCAGGGGGGGAGGGCAGCCAUUCUGCACUGGGGGGCCAAGGAAAGGACGCUCGCUCCUCCGGGCUUGUGGAGAGCAGCUAAGAGUUAACCCUGUUCCUGGCGGCCGUGCUCCCUUGUAAACAUUGUUGUUGGAUUGCAGCCCACCCACCCCAAGCUUGCUGCUUCCAAUUAGCGGGUGGGUCUGUGUGCUCUCCAUGGUGGGCGCAUAGCCCUCCCUGCCUGCAGCCUGUCUGGAGCUGUGGCUCCCUGCUCAGCUUGGGGCCAUGGGCUUCGUCCACCACCUCCUGCUGGCUGUGCUGCUGCUGGUUGGCUUCUCCCCCCUGCCUGGGGAGGUUCAGCAGGUCAAGGUCCUCUUCACCCCCACGAUCUGCCACAUGCACUGCAGCAACGGGCGCUGCAUUAACCGAUGUGAGCAGGGCAACGCUACCACUCUGUACAGCGGGGAGACCGCCAGGGCAGUGGAAGGGGCUUCUGGAUUCCGAGUCUACGAAUGGCUGUCCAGUCUCUCCUUAAAAGCCUCCAGUGAUGAGCGACCCACAACUUCUGAAGUCCUGUGUCCCCUCAUCUGCCAAAACGGGGGAGUCUGUCUCAAGAAGGACAAAUGCCUCUGCCCCCCCAACUGGACCGGCAAGUUCUGCCACAUCCCUGCCUUUCCUUACCUCAGUCAAGGACAAGGCCCUGCUCAUCCUGGAACUGAGAGGGAGCCGGAGUAUAGUCGGCAGCAGUCCGUGCACACCCUCCCAAUCGCCAACCACCGCUACGAGCGAGAUGGUAUGGCGUCGCUGGUGAACGUCCACGUGGAGCACCCGCCGGAGGCCUCGGUCACCAUCCAUCAGGUGGAGCGAGUCAGCGAGGAGUUGCUACCCAGCGACCCCAACGCCUUCUCACCCUCCCGCCAAGCCCUCUCCGGCGUGUUGGCCCAGAGCAGCAACCGGGACCCCGAGGGCGGCUACGGCGAAACCUCCGGCUUCGGCUACUGCUUUCAACAGUUGCGCGACGAAGAGUGCAGUGCCCCCAUGCCUGGGCUGCGCACGCGAGAGAUCUGCUGCCGUGGGUCCGGUGUCGCCUGGGGUGUUCAUGGCUGUCUGCCUUGUGCCGAUGGUGACGUGGGGGCUUCUGGGCCAGUUGGAAGGAACGCGGUGGGUUGCCCCAGAGGGUUCCUGCGGCUGAAUAAUUCUUGCGUGGAUGUGGAUGAAUGCCAGGAGGGCAACUUCUGCCACAAUGGAGAAUGUACCAACACUCGUGGCAGCUUUGCCUGUGUCUGCCAUGAGGGCUACAUCCUUGAUUCCUCCCGCAGCAGCUGCAUCUCCCACCACGUGAUCUCUGAGGUGAAAGCCCCCUGCUUCCGCGUGCUGCGGGACGGCCGCUGCUCCCUGCCCACCCUGCGGAACAUCACCAAGCAGAUCUGCUGCUGCAGCCGAGUGGGCAAGGCCUGGGGCUGGGGCUGCCAGCACUGUCCGCCCUUCGGCUCAGAGGGAUUCAAGGACAUCUGUCCAGCUGGGCCCGGCUAUCACUACUCUGCCUCAGACCUCCGCUUCGACACUCGCUUCCUUGGCCAGGACCCCCCCAGGGUGCCAGUGACCCGUCAGCAUGGGAGGCAGGGGCCUCCCCCCCAGGUGCCUCGGACAACAGCAGCACCGUCUCUUGUGGCUCUCUGGAGCGUCCCUCCCACUACGUUGCUGGAGCGCUUUCGUUGGCCCCUGCCCACUCGGUCCCCUGCAUCUGGCCCAGCUGCUCCAAGUACAGAAGAGGCUGGGCGAGGGGUGUGCGAGCGACACCCUCAGGUGUGCGGGCCAGGACGUUGCAUUCCCCGCCGGGGGGGCUACACUUGUGUGUGUGACCGUGGCUACUGGUUGAGCCCUCAAGGCACCCACUGCGUUGAUGUGGAUGAAUGCCGCAGCAGUCCACGCCCCUGUCCCAACGGGCAUUGCCAGAACUCCCCGGGUAGUUUUAGCUGCAGGUGCCACACAGGCUUUCAAGCUGACCCCUCCGGAGUGGAGUGCCAGGAUGUUGAUGAAUGUGCCCAUGUGCCCCGGCCCUGUGCGGGUGGUCAUUGCCUCAAUACCCUGGGCUCCUUCCGCUGCUCCUGUCCCAGCGGCUAUCAGCCCGACCUCUCUGGCGCUGAAUGUCGAGAUGUGGAUGAAUGCCAAGAGCGCCCCUCCCUCUGCCAGCCUGGCCGCUGUGAGAACGUGCCGGGCGGAUAUCGCUGCAGCUGCCCCAUUGGUUACCAGCCGAACCCGCUGGGGACUCUGUGUGCAGAUGUUGAUGAAUGCUUGCAAAGCCCUCCCCCCUGUGGCUCUGGACGCUGUGAGAAUGUGCCCGGUGGAUACCGCUGCCUCUGCCCUGCCGGGUUCCGGGCCAGCCUGACGGAGAACCAAUGCCUGGAUAUUGAUGAGUGUACAGCAGGAGGAUUGCCUUGUGGCCCUCAGGGGCGCUGCCUCAACACAGAGGGCUCCUUCCGUUGCCAGUGUGCCCGAGGGUACCGGACGGAGGGCGCAGGGGGCACUUCUUGCGUGGAUGUUAACGAAUGCCUGGAGGGUGACUUCUGCUUCCCACGGGGUGAGUGCCUCAACAUCGAGGGCUCCUACACCUGUCUGUGCGCCCAGGGCUUCACUGCGGCCCCCGACAGGGCCUCCUGUGAGGACAUUGACGAAUGUCUCAGUGCAACAGUUUGUGCUGGAGGGCACUGUGCUAACACCGAAGGCUCCUUUGAUUGUUAUUGCCCCCCUGGCACCCGCAGCACGCCCAGCAAAGCUUCCUGUGAGGACAUCGAUGAAUGCCAGGAAUAUGGGGCAGCCCUCUGUGGAACACAGCACUGUGAAAACUCAGUUGGCUCAUACCGCUGUGUCGUGGGUUGCCAGGCCGGCUACCGAACCAGUGCCACAGGAGAUUGUGUUGAUAUCGAUGAAUGCCAGAAGCCCGGGGCGUGUGGAGAGAAGCGAUGCGAGAACACACUGGGCUCCUAUCACUGUGUGGCCACCUGCCAGAUGGGCUACCAAGCCACUGCUGCUGGGGACUGUGUAGAUGUGGACGAGUGCCAGAACAGUUCCCUGUGUGGUGCCCAUGCCAUCUGCCAUAACUUGCUAGGCUCCUUCCAAUGUAUCUGUGACCAGGGCUAUGAAAGUGCCAGGGAUGGGCGGCAUUGCUUAGAUGUGAAUGAGUGUGAGACACUGCAGGGGGUCUGUGGAACAGCACCGUGUGAGAACGUGGAAGGCUCUUUCCUGUGCAUCUGCCCCCAAACUGGGGAAGAGUUUGACCCCAUGACUGGCCGCUGCAUUGCUUUGCCCAGUGCUGCUCGUCUCCCAGCUCUCCCCAGGCACCCAGAUGCUGCGCAGUCGGAGAGCGCUGACAGCCUGCGACGUGAGUGCUACUAUGACCCAAAUGCCGCCCAAGCGUGUGAAAAUGUUCUGGCCAGGAAUGCCACCCGCCAGGAGUGCUGUUGCAGCCUCGGCCACGGGUGGGGCCUUGACUGCCACAUCCAGGCCUGCCCCUCCUUGGGGACAGCUGAAUUCCAGGCUCUGUGUCCUCAUGGCAGUGGCUACGCUGCUGUCCUCAUCAGAAACGUCCCAGCAGUUACAGAUGUGGACGAAUGUGCCCUCUUUGGCUCCCAGAUGUGCAAGGGAGGGGUUUGUCUGAACAAGAUCCCUGGCUACUCCUGCUACUGCCCCAAUGGCUACUAUUACGAGACACAGCACCUGGAGUGCAUUGAUAACGAUGAGUGUCUGGAUGAAGAAGCUGAGCCCUGCGUGGGGGGCCACUGCAUCAACACCAUCGGCUCCUAUUACUGUUCUUGCGCUGCUCCCCUAGUGCUGGACCCUUCCCAGCGCCGAUGCGUGACCAAUGAGAGCCACGGCCUGGAUGAGGACCUGGCCGUCUGCUGGCAGGAGGUGGGCCCGGACCUGGUGUGCCACCGACCCCGCCUAGACCGCCGGGUGACUUACACGGAGUGCUGCUGUCUCUACGGAGAGGCCUGGAGCAUGAACUGCGCUCUGUGCCCAGCCCGGGACUCGGAUGACUUUGAGGCCCUGUGUAAUGUCCUCCAGCGCCCCAGUUAUGGGUUGGGGCGGCCGGGCAGCCUGCGGGCACCCUUCGAAUAUGGCGGAGGAGAGUUUAUGCCUUACAGCCCUGAUGUCUACGACCCCCGGGCACGGCCUGGCCCUCUGCUUCCCAGCUAUGAUGCUCUCCCUCAUGAGUCACUCUAUGGACCAUCCCCAUACGAGGCAGCUGGCCUGGACGACGCACCCUAUAGCGAUGCACAGCUGGAGACCCCAGCUGAGGACCUCCGGGAUGAACACCAGCCUCGUAGCCCCCCUAACUCAGACUGGCACUACCCGUCCCGUGGCCAUAGGCACUCCUAUCCUGAACGGCCCAGUCGGGCCAGCGAAGACUACCCAGGCCGUUUUGGAGGCGCUGGAGGGCUCCCUGCCGAGGAAUGCGGGAUCCUGAGUGGUUGUGAGAACGGCCGGUGUGUCCAGGUUGCCGAUGGGUUCACCUGCUCCUGCAACGAGGGCUACCGCCUUGACCCAACCCACAUGGCCUGCCGUGAUAUUGACGAAUGCAGGGAAGUGGACAGGCUGUGCUCUGGUGGCCGCUGCCUCAACCUGGAGGGCUCCUACCAUUGCCUCUGCCCCCUUGGCACCGCGCCCACAGGGCAGCCCCCCCGCUGCCUCCACAUCCCCCGCAGCCGAGCCUGAGUUGGGACGGGUGGGGAAUAUUUAUUACUUGUCCAGGUGGGAACGGAGAAAGGUUGUGAAGGUGAAGGGACCCUUUGCCCACCCCACCCCCUCGGCCUGCAGUCUCUGGAGGAACUGGGAAGAUGGCUAGUGCUCAGGAGAGGGGGGGCUCUUCUGCUCCUGAUUAGGGCCAUGGGAUGAGGGGGGUGGCCAAAAGGUCCCAAAAUGGGGUCAGAUCCCUCUUGUCCUUGGAAGGCAGGAGCCCAUCUGGAUGCCUGCGAUUGGAAACAUUUUCUCCCCUGAACCCCCCACCCCCUCUUUGUCAGUGUGUGCAUGGGAAGGCAUGCCCCCCACCCCCCUCAGCCUUUCCUCAUCUGCUGAAGACUCACAGCAGAGUUACCCUGCAAGGCCCUGGUAGGGGCACAGGAGCCUCUGAGCAGUGACAGUCUUCCCCUGGGCUUUUGUAAAGGGUCUGGAAAUAGGGCCGAGUCCAGGUGAAUGCCCUGCCUCCAGCCCUACCCUCAUGGACCGAGCCCACACACCCCCAAAUGUUUCCCAGGUACUUAAAUGCCUGUCAUGAGGAGAGGGGCCCUACAACUCACCUUCUCUGAUUCCCCCAGCUCCACCUCCCUUGUUGCUCCAACAGACGCUUAAACUCCCUUGCACAUCCAAAAACUCCCACAAUCCAGGUAGGGGCUGUCAGCCAGGCAGGGGGCCUUUUAGCAUCAUGCAAGCUGGGGCCACAGUCACUUCUUCCCUGCUGUUACUGGACCAAUAAAUAUUUUCUAUAAAAGGA